AAACCACAUCAAGAGGAGAACAUCAAGUGAAGUCAUGGCACAUCAUCACCAAAGCUGCUGCUUUCUCAUCAUUCUGUGUGUGAGAGGUAUUCUGGCUGGUGAUUGGUCAGUUCUUCUCACCUCUAGUCCCAUUUGUGCUGUGGUUGGUUCUUCAGUGGUCCUCCCCUGUUCCUAUGACUACCCACUUAGCUCUGAUGAAGUCCAGACAGAUGGGCGGCUCUCUGCACAGACAGGAAGCAGUGAAACAAAAGUUACGUCUGAGAUGUGGUGUCUCAGAGACAGUCGCUGCAUUACGGAAAGCUACGUGUUCCACAGCGCCGGUAUUUUCCAGGAUCCAUCUUAUCAGAACCGGGUGCAGUACCUGGGACAACCAGGAAGCAAGAACUGCUCUCUGAGGAUUUCUAAUCUCAAAGAGUCGGACAGUGGAACAUACGUGUUUUACCUCAUCACCAACCAUAAGACGCAGAAGAUGCCUCCACAGACUGGCAUGCAGCUCUUAGUGGCAGGUUCCUCCACUGCAGUUGCAGUCUCGGCGGGUCCAUCCCGCGUCAUCCUGGAGGGGACAACGUUAAACCUGGCCUGUUGCAGCCCAGCUGCCACUUCACAAAGCCGCUUCACGUGGUACAGUACCAAAGGAGCCAUGUUGGUAGGUGCUGGACCGGUGUGGAGUACCCCCAAAGUUGCAUCGGGUCAAUCUGGCAGCUACUACUGCCAAAUCCAGACUGGAGACAAAACGCAACGCUCAAAUGUUCUGGAAAUCGAUGUGCAAUACCCACCUAGAAACAUAAUGAUCUCCACCUGGGGAGCAGAGAAGGAUCAUCCUGUGACUCUGACUUGCAGCAGUGAGGCCAACCCACUGGUCCACACCUACGUCUUUUACCAGGGUGCGGCUUGUCUCCCAGCAGCAGACUUAAGCUUUCAUCGAGGAAGAUCCCCCCAGGCUACAAUAACAGGAAGAGCCCCAAAACUCACCAGUGCCAACAUCACCACGAAGGACUAUGGGCAGCACUGCUGUGUGGCACGCAACAGAUACGGCUUUGAGAAAGCCAGCGUGACUCUGAUCAGCUCCAGUGAGACAAAUCUGUCCGACUCUUCAGGAAGUACAGUGGUGGUGAUUGGAGUAACCAUCGGGGUCCUGCUGGCUGUUGCUGCUUUAGCUGCCUUUUUGAUGAUGAGGAAAAAGAAGACAGCCAGACGACAGUCAUAUGUCCUCACUGGGACAACUGCGACAGAGUGAAAGAACUGCUUUGAUUACGUUUGCCAACACACAUGUUGGGUAACACAACAACACAAUGUUGAGACCUAAUGGAUGCAUGUGAUGUCGGGUCAUCCUGCCCUGUAAACCCCCCACAAAGCGCACUGCCUGGCUUGUUUUAGAAAUGUCUCUGCUUUAACACACCUGAUCCAGAUCAUUACAGUUCAGCAACAGGACUCUAAAUGACGUUCCCUCUACGGGUGACGUUCCCUCUACGGAGGGCUAAAAGUGCCACAAUUCCACCCAAAAACCGAAGGAGAAAAUACAAUUGGGAAAUUUAAACAAAGCUUAAAAUAGAUAAUAUAUUGAACAAAUAUACAUAUUUUACCCAGUCCAAGUGUUAUUCCUUCCCGGAUUUUACAUGAAGUAGGUCACUGUAAACAAUUGUCAAAUUGUCCUUUUAAUGAUUAAAUAAGUUGUCCGGACCUAGAUUUAAACUGUAUUUUAACGGUCUACAUGAGUUAUUAGAAGUAAUUAGAUGUGGAAAUCUAAUUUCAUUUUGAAAAUAACUAUGCUGCAUAUUUAUUUAUAUUUUUUUUUUACAUAUCUGUAUAUUUAGA